AUGCUUGCCCGUCUUACAAACAUAUUCACCCCACCCACCAAUCCUUCCGUGCUCCUUGUUGUUGGCAACUUUGGUGCCACAAUCCAUGUUCUUCAUCUCCUACCCGAGGACGGCACCAUCCAACGCUUCGGCCUCACAACCCCAUCUACUAACUUUCGCUACCGCGGAGCCAGAGAGCAGGCGCGCGAACAGAUCGGCACAGUUACACUUCACGUUGGAGAUGGCGAGUCUGCCGACAGCUUCCUCGACGACGUUGAGACACGAAUCCUAAUGCAUUCGCACAUUACUUGUCCUAUUUAUGAGUAG